AUGCGUGCACGCGCGGGGCUCCUCUUCCUGCUGGUGCACGUGCUGGCGCGAGCCCGAGGCCAGUACGACCUGUGCAAGUCGCUGGUGAGCACGGACGACGGCGUGUUGUGGGAGCAUUACGCGUGCCAACCCAAAGCCCAAUCCGUGAAGGAGUACAUGCGCAUCCGCGUCGAGCCGCCGGGCUUCACCUGCGGGAACCCGCCGGAGAGAUUCUGCACGCUGGAGAAUCCAUACCUCUGUAGUGAUGAAUGCGAUGCGUCUAACCCCGACCUGGCUCACCCGCCGCAGCUGAUGCAGGACCGAGAGCGCAGUGGUCUGAUCACAUACUGGCAGACGGUCACUUGGAGUCGGUUUCCCGAACCUCUUCAAGCCAACAUCACCCUGACCUGGAACAAAACCCUCGAGCUUACAGACGACAUCCAGAUCACCUUCGAGUACGGCCGGCCCACGAUUAUGGUUCUAGAAAAAUCUCUGAACUUCGGCCGCACAUGGCAGCCCUACCAGUAUUACGCAGAUGACUGCGUCGACACCUUCGGCAUGCCGCCCAGACGAGUGCGUGAACUGAACGCUGCCAACGCCACGCGGGUCAUCUGUACGGAGCAGUACUCCCGCUGGGUCGGCUCUAAGAAUGAGAAGGUGGUGCGGUUCGAUGUGCGCUCGCGGUUUGCCAUCUUCGCCGGCCAGAGAUUGCUCAACAUGGAGGGGUUAUACACACGGAUGGAGAGCAUGAAAGGCCUGCGGGAUUUCUUCACGUUCACAGAUCUGAGGCUUCGGCUGCUCAGGCCCGCUCUCGGAGGAACGUAUGUCCAGAGAGACAACCUGAUGAAAUACUUCUACGCCAUCUCUAACGUGGAAGUCCUUGCCAGGUGUAAGUGUCACCUGCAUGCGUCUCAGUGUUUGUAUGUGGAUGGAAACUUACAGUGUCAGUGUGAACACAACACAACCGGACAGGACUGUCAGCGCUGCAAGAAAGGAUUCAAAGCCAAGGCCUGGAAAGCAGGAUCUUAUUUACCCACACCAAACGGAUCACCAAACACAUGUUCUCAGGCCCUGGCUGGUUCUUCUUCUGGUUCCACUGAAGCAACUCUUCCGGUGCCGGCUGCUACGGAUAUCGUUUCCAUAGCAACAAGCAUCACGGCAGUGCCUCUGACAUCCACAGAAACCACAGUGAUUGUUUCUACAACCGUUGCCCCCGAUACAACUACACCUCCCAAAACAACUUUAUUUCCAACGAUCCUACAAAACGACAUCAUGACCACAGCAGCAGAUUUUAUUACCGUUAUGGCAGAAUCUACAGCUGUGAGUACAGAUGCCCCGUCACCGAUCACAGACACCCCACAAAACCCCCAACCUCCUCCACAAUCCCCUCCAAACACAGAUACCGCAACACCCCCAGCCACACCCCCUCUCACCAAGGCCACUCCCCUGGAGGAGGGGCCCGUCCCCACACCAACAGACAGCACAGACGCUCCUGUGGAGAUUUCUGGGAAGGAUGAGGAUCCUUCUGGGAAAGACGAAGUUACUGAUGGAGAAACAGCGAGAGUAGAAAGUGUUUUAAAGAUCGACACAGGGAGGAAAGAAACUGUUACUAGUGCGUCAGCCACACCGAUACCUGAAUCAGUCGAGUCAAAUCCAGAGUCUGACGAGCCAAUGACGGAAUCUCUUGAGUCUGUUGAUCCAAUACUAGAGUCUACUGAGGAAAAAACAGACUCUGUUGAGACGAUACCGGAGUCUGUCCCACCAAAACACCAGUCUACCCGGCCAACACCAGAGUCCAUCGACCUAAUAAAAGAGUCUGUUGAACCAAUACCAGAAUCAGUCCCGCCAACACCCAGCUCAACCGAGCCAAUAAAGAAGACGGUCCCACCAAAUCUGGAAUCUGUCCCAGUAGUACUAGAGUCAUUCUGGCCAAUAUCAGAGUCUGUCGGACCAAAAGAAGCGCCAAUUUCACCAACGCUAAUGCCAGAUGAAUCAGUACUAGAGCUUGACGCCUCAGGACCAAAACAUGCGGCUCUAAUACCAGAACUGGAUAAGUCAAAGGGGAAAGAAGAAAAAGGAAAGGAGGAGAAAGAGACUGAAAAAGCGCCACACAAAGCCUCAACGGAAAAGGGUGAAGGACGAGAGGAGAAAGAGAGCGAGGGUGAAGGACGAGAGGAGAAAGAGAGCGAAGGAAAGAAAACUGAGAAAGAGGGUGAAGUAAAGCACUUUGAAAAGAAGUGGGAAAUGGAAGAUAAAAUAGAGGACAAAGAUGAAAAGAAUAAAAAAGCUCUUCUGAAGUUCUUACUGUCUGGGGGGCAGCAGACGGUGCAGCUGAAGGGAAUCAUAUAUGACGACUUUAAAGACUGUGAAUGUAACGGACACUCCAACCGCUGCAGUUACAUCGACUUCCUGAACAUCGUCACGUGUGUGAGCUGUAAACACAACACGCGGGGUCAGAACUGUGAGCACUGUCGCAUGGGCUUCUACAAAAACACAUCUGCAGAGCCCGAUGAUGAGAACGUGUGUAUCGAAUGUAACUGUAACACAAUGGGCUCGGUGCACGACCGCUGUAACGGAACCGGCUUCUGUCAGUGUAAAGACGGCGCUACGGGAGUCAAAUGCGAUGAAUGUCUCCCCGGUUACUACUGGAAACAGGGCUGCUUUCCAAAUGUGUGCGACGAGGAGCUGCUCUUGUGCCAGAACGGGGGGACGUGCUUUCAGAACCAGCGCUGUAUCUGCACGCCGGACUUUAAGGGUGUUUUGUGCCAACAGUCGCGCUGCGACGGAGGUAAAAAGUGCAAUGGUGCCAACGGGCUCGGUCUGAGCCUGGCACUGCUCCUCUGCCCGCUCCUCGCCAUCCUGCUGCGCCCCGCCGCUUCCUGAGAUACCCCUGCAUCACCAGCAGCGGGCGCAGAGAGGGCACGGCACUCGCCAGCGCUCCCUACGCGGUGCAGAACGCCCUGCAGGAGAUCAUGAACGAGAAACGGAGACUCUACAAGGAAAUAUACAGAACUCAAAGUACAAAGUUUGUUUUAAAGAUACCAAAAAAGACACACACACAAUUCCUAUAAACCAACAAGAAGUGAGGUUCAAUUCUUCUGCAAUAGCUCAGCGCACUUCCUUCACUCCUGCUGGCUUGAAGUAGGGGCAGGUGCUCAGAACAUGUUGUGUCGUAUCAAAAUCAGACUCACGUGGGAUUAUUACUCCCUUGUUGGUCCCUACUAAGGAUAAGAUUACAAGUGGAGGUGGGCUUUAGAGAUGGGGACCAAUCAGAUAGCAGCAUUCCUGUGAAGGAACCAAUCAGAAGCUGUGGAGUCACAAUCUCACGAGGAGUCCGUUUUCGGUACGGUCCGACUGUAGAGUUCAUCAGGGUCUGUUUUUACUAAAACACAAGAAAGGCCUCGCUUCACAUUUUUACACUCAUCCCCUGCAGUUUUUGACAUUCAGAUGUAUGUAUCGAGCGCUCACUGUUAUUCGCAAAAAGCAAAGAGUAUGAAUAUGAUUGUCUAAAAUCUUAAUAUUCAUGAUCUAAGAAAUAUCACACUGUAUCGCUGGUUGUUAUAGGGAUGUUUGUAGGCACCGUUAGAGACCAUCAAUAUUUAUAAAGUAUUCAGGACACAAGCAGGUUAUCCAACACGGAAAAAGAAGAUAUCUAAUGAAAUGUAAUUGUUAUUAUAAACCCACAUUAUUUACAUAUUUUUGGGUAGAGAAUAUUUUUGUUUGGAUCCACAGCUAUCCUCGUGAAGCAAAAAGGUUUUAUUACACAAGCACACGGAUUAUUAUCGUAAGAGAAACUAUCAUGUAAAGUUUGCACUGUAUUACAAAAGGAUGAAUCUAGACACUAAAUGUAUUAAUCUUGACAUCAGAAUACAGGUUUAUGAGAAGGUAAACUCUAUAGAAAGUAUUGGGAUGGGGCUCAUUACACUGUACAUAUGAUGGUUAAUGAUUUUACAGAACGAAAAGAUUAAUUAAAUUUUGACACUGUAAACUUUACAGUAAAUUUGACUGUUA